AUGAUGCUGCCCAAGGAUGAUGAGAAGAAGAAAGAUGCCAGAAAGUCAGCCAAGGAUGACAAGAAGAAGAAAGAUGCCAGAAAGUCAGCCAAGAAAGACAAAGACCCAGUGAACAAAUCUGGGGGCAAAGCCAAAAAGAAGUGGUCCAAAGGAAAAGUUCAAGACAAGCUCAACAAUCUAGUCUUGUUUGACAAAGCUACUUAUGAUAAACUCUAUAAGGAAGUUACCAACUAUAAGCUUAUAACUCCAGCUGUUGUCUCUCAGAGACUAAAGAUUCAAGGUUCCCUGACCAGGGCAGCCCUUCAGGAGCUCCUCAGUAAAGGACUUAUCAAACUGGUUUCAAAGCACAGAGUUCAAGUAAUUUACACCAGAAAUAUCAAAGGUGGACAUACCCCAGCUGCUGGUGAAGAUGCAUGA